AUGAAUGAAAAUAAUACACCUCAUGAUUCUAAGAUAGAAAAACAAACAAAAAAGUCUCAAAUUUAUUGCUACAUAUUUUUAUUUACUUUAGGCGUAUCAUCGUUGUCAGGAUGGAAUGCUUUUUUAUCUGGUUUAUCUUAUUUUGCAGAUUAAUAUUAUGGUAUCAAGAAUAAUAAUCAAUUAAUUAGGACGCAAUGUAUAUUUCAUAAUGCCAAUUCCUAAUUUUGUAGGUUCUUGCUUAAUUGGGUUGCUAUUACCUAGAAUAAGCUAUUUAUUUUCAAUGUUUUUUAAGGUUGUUUGGUCACUAGCAAUUUUGUGUAUACUUUUGAUACUUCUACCAAUCAUAGCAUCUGAAAUACAUAGUGCUAAAGGUAUCUAUUUAUUUAAUAAAUCAAAAGGAUAUUGGUUUUGUUUAAUCACAAUUUUCUUAAUGUCAUUAUUUUAAUCUCUCUAAUCAUAUUGUUGUAUAGGGAUAUCUUAGAUACUCGGUCCAUAUUAUGUUUAUAUAUACUUUGUUGGUACAGGAGCAUCUGGAAUCAUUCUCACUCUUUUUAGAAUAAUUUCUUUAGCUUCAAUCUAGAGUGAAAAUUGUAGUUUAUUUUUAUAUUUAUUAGCAAUUUAUUUAUGUAUAGGAAUAGCAAUACUUUGGAAUAUUGUUGCAAUCAUUAUGUAUUUUCAAUUUACUAAUACUUCUUAAUAUAGAAAAAUUAUUUUAACUCAACUAAAAGGUAGUAAAUCUGUUUCCUUUGAUUAUCAUAACAAUAUCAAGGUCGAAUCGAAAAAUCAAAUACAAAACAAUAAAAUAAAUUCUGAUAGCAUUAAUUCAGAAUUUACAGAUUAAAUUAUUUUAACUUAAGAUGUUGAUCUAAUACUUAAUAAUUAGCUAAUAUAUUAAAACACCUAGUAACUCUCUUUAAAAAGGAGUAAUGCUAUUACUACUUUAGUUUAGAUUAACAAAAUUGCCUUUCCUAUUCCUUUUUUAAUUUUGAUUCUUUACAUUUAGACAUUUAUGAUGUUUCCAGGAGUUGCACUCCAAAAACCUUUCUUUUCUGAAUUUAUUAAUUGGGGUCAAACUUUAAUUAUUUUAGGAUUUAAUAUUGGAGAUACUUUAGGAAAAUUCUUAGCGAAUUAUAGAAAACUUUUUAAUCUCCCAAUUUUAAUAGGUUUAUUCUUGUUAAGAUUUGCAUUUUUUUACACCUAUAUAAAAAUUGCCAAAGGAUCGCAAAAUGACAAAUUGAUAUCAUAUUUUAACACAUUUUUAUUUGGAAUUUCGAACGGAUUUUUAACUACAGGAUAUAUGAUUUUAGGGUCAGAAAAAGUAAUCUUUUUGAAUACCUAUAUUUUAGACCUCUGAGGAUUUUGUUAAAGAAAAAAUUGGAUUUGUUUUGGGAUUUUCUCUUUGCUUAGGCAUAAUGUUAGGAACAUUCUUAGCUCUACCAUUUUCAAAUAUAUCUGAUUGA